AUGCUUAGAAAACUGCUUCUCCGGCCAUCUGCCAGCACUAGAUUCUGCGCCCGCUCUCCCCCCAGGCGACAUUUCGAUACAAAACCUUCCCCCGCUUCAUCUACGGCAUCAUCUCAAUCGCGGAUUCAGCGCUUCAACCGCCGCAUGCCGAAAUUUCUCCACAAAUACACAAACGCACUUGCUUCAGCCCCUGUUUCCCAUAUAACGUCCUUUCUUAUUCUGCACGAGCUUACGGCCAUUGUUCCCCUUUUUGGUCUUGCAGCGACGUUCCAUUACACACAUUGGCUGCCGCCAUGGUUCGCGGAAGGCGAAUUAAUACUUCAAGGUGUGGAUCGCUUCGGGAAGUGGUUCAGGAAGAAGGGAUGGAUUCGCAGCGAAGAAGCCAACGAAGCAGAGCUGGAGGUGGAAAUGAGAAAAAGAGACAAAGCUUGGGGUAUUAGUGAAGGGGGAGUGAGGCUGGUGGUAGAAUUUGCAACCGCAUACGCCGUGACCAAGGCACUACUACCUCUAAGGAUUGUUGCAAGUGUAUGGGCCACACCGUGGUUUGCACAAAGAGCUAUUGUACCCGUGUUGCAGAGGUUCAAGGGAGUUUUUACGAGAAGGAAGCAAAAAAGUACUGAAUCGACCGGAGCGGGUACAGGAUCAACUGGGGCCGGCGCGAUUCCAAAGAGCCAUAAGAAAGAUCCAGGAGCUUGA